UCCAUUUUUAUAUGCUAAUGUUCUCCGAAAGUCAGCGCCCUCUUUAGUCUUUGAGCCCCUUUUUCCCCCACUUCCCUAUCUCACAAUACAUAUUUUUUUUUUUUUUAAUUUCUUAAGCUUUUAACCCCUACCAUACCCUAUUUUUUAAACUACUAACUAGAUACAUUUUGAUAUAGAGCUGAAAUGGAUGACAACAAUUGGGAUCUAGGCGCGGUAGUAAGAAGCUGCAACAUUAAUAGACCUAACAAUGUUAUAGUUCCUAGUAUAGGAAUAGAGUCAAUGCCUUUUGAAAAUGAUGAUGAUUGGAAGCUUUUUGAUGGACUUUUAGAUGAUAACUGUGAUGAUAUAUCUUUCAAAGGCUCAGUUGAAAUGUUUUCUAGGAAUUUUCCAGUCGCUCAGCGGCAAAAACCAAAUGAUCAAUCUUCUUCGAUCAUUCACCCUACAAACCCCCUACCCAUUCAAUUAAUUAGCCAACCAAUAAUUCUUCCUCCUCCACCACCAGCAGAACAACAUGCGCCAACAGUAACAACGCAACAAUUGAUUAAUCGGCAGCAACAACUAGUGGAGCGAGCUUUACUUCAUCCUACUUUAACCAUGCCCAGUAGAACUAGUUUGAUCCAGACUCGUAGAAGGAAAAAUCAGCUGAUAAAAAUUAUCUAUGAAUUGAGGCAAGAGGAACUCCUGGAUGAUACAUGGGCAUGGCGGAAGUACGGUCAAAAGCCAAUAAAAACUUCUCCAUUCCCGAGGUUUGUUCGGUUCAACAUGUUUUUCAUGUCAUAGAAAGUUCCAUUCCUUUCUCAUCAAUUUUCGUAACCUAAUAAAAUGUUGUGAUGCCUAUUCUGUGUGUGACACGACAGGAACUACUACAGGUGUAGCACCUCAAAAAGCUGCAGAGCGAAGAAACACAUUGAGAAAAGCCCAAAGGCUGAAAAUCUUUUUGUUGUGGCCUAUUCCGGUGAACAUAACCAUCCUCCCCCGCUCACUAACGACCGUAGCUGUCUCACUGAGUGCCGCA